UGUGGUAAAUAGACCCACCAUGUUGAAAUCAUUUACAUAUGUUUUUUGUCUUAUCGAAUUUCAUUAUUUAGGUUUGUGACAAAUAUUGCAAAUGAUGAUGGUGCAAUACACAGCUUAUAUAGGAGGUAAGAACUAUCAUUUACCUUGCACGUAAAAGAUAUGCAUCAAAUUGACGCGCAUUCUCUUUGAAGCGGAUAUUUCGUCGCUCCACAUGAUAAAACAUUGAACAGCUGAUUGGCGAUGUCGAGUGGAUGAGGAAAUUUCUCAUUGUUUGUGAGAAACUGAUUGGACUAAAUGUCCAGAUCUUAUAUAAAUGGACAACUAGAGAUAUGAAGAUGAAAUGGGAUCUUGCAAGAAUUCGUAAUUUACUGGGGCCUUAUAGUUAUCCUUAAAUGCACUUUCACUGACCUAACGUCAUCUGAGGCCAUGGAGGUAUCGGAGAGUGCUGAGGCGAGCAGUUCUCUAUCUGAUGUGUACGCCAGGAGAAGCAGAUUGACCUCGACACACUACCUCAACCAGUCCACUGAUGUUGUGGACAGUCAGGGGUCAACGACAAAUAGCAUGGACUUCGGGGCAGGAGUGAUGGCGGCUUCAAGUUCCACUGGUUUCCGGGGGGAGAGGGAUUUGAUUGACAGUUCGCACAGCGAGGAAAUGUUUACACCUGUCAAACACAUAAAAGAAGAAAAUGUGAUCCAGGCUGCUGCAGCUGACUCCAACAGUCCUAAGCAGACUUUUGUUCCCUGUAAAGUGUGUGGAGACAAAGCAUCUGGUUUCCACUAUGGUGUCACAUCUUGUGAAGGGUGUAAGGGUUUUUUCCGUCGGAGCAUACAGAAGCAGAUCGAGUAUCGCUGUCUGAGAGAUGGGAAAUGUAUGGUGAUCAGGUUAAACCGCAAUCGAUGUCAGUACUGCCGUUUUAAGAAGUGCCUGGCAGUGGGCAUGUCUCGAGACUCUGUACGUUACGGUCGUGUGCCAAAACGUUCCAAAAGCCAAGACGAUCAGUGUGUUACAUCUACAGACCAGAACCUGGAUCAGACAGACUUGGAAAACAAACAACUUGCUAUCUACGACAUCAUUCUCAGUGUCUCACAGGCUCACCAUGCCAACUGUACUGUAACUGAGGAUAAAGUCAAGCAUAUACAGAAGAAACAGUCUACCCUGAUGCAGCAGAUACCCAUCCCCACCACCCCUGUCCAGUUUACAGAUGAGGAGUUGGAAGCACAGAAGUUGUCCAUGUGGUUGUGUCUCGCUUCCCUGAUCACACCAACAAUUAACAGUGUAGUGGAGUUUGGCAAGCGUAUACCAGGUUUUUCAGACCUCUCUCAGGACGAUCAGCUCAUCCUUAUCAAGGGCAGCUUCUUUGAGGUGUGGCUCACCAGAAUGGCGCGCAUGUUCAACAAACAUGAAGGCUUUCUGACAUUUGAGGAGGGCAACAUGAUACAGCGCGAGGAAUUGUCUGUUGUAUUUUCUCCGGAGUUUGUGUCCUGUAUGUUUGACUUGGCUAUAAGCUUUAACCAACUUAACCUUAACGACACAGAGAUUGGUCUCUUUGCUGCUAUAGUGCUGGCUACUCCAGAUCGGCGAGGCCUAGGUGAUAUGAAGUCGGUUGAAAAAAUCCAGGACAAGCUGAUAGAGGCCCUUAAACUACAAAUCUGUCGAAACCAUUCAACAGAGGAGAACUUGUUUGGUACUACCAUUGUGAAGCUACCACAGCUGCGAUCCCUAGGGAGUCAGCACAGUGAUAUAAUACAGUGGUACCGUGCCCAGUGGCAAAGAAUCAGGUUACCUCCCCUGUUCUCAGAAAUCUACGAUAUACCAAAGCAUGCAGAUGAUUCUUGAUUAUGGUGUCACAAUAAGCUGAUUCUAAAUACUUGGUGACCUGUGAAGAUCCACUGGACACCCAGGAGAUUAACAUUACUGGGUGAUAUCUCUUGGGAGGAAGACAAUUACCUGAUUUUGUGACAUAUAUGUCUUAAGCAGAUUUUGGAACUGGUUGGGUUGGUUUCAGGUCAUUUUGAAGAUUGUAAUGAGUAAGGAAAACCCCAAGGGUUUAUAUCAUGUUACACUGAAAUGGCAAUAUAUCUAGUACAUAUUUAGCUAGUUUUUAUCUAACUAGUGAAGGCUGAUCAGAGGUUUUUACUGAAAAGUUCAUAAUCUACCUCACUUGUAUUUACAGAUUAAAAUCAUUUUUCUUCCUUUCACUAAAUAUUGGCAAAAUCUACCAAAGAAGCCUCUCACUAGAAUGUGGGAAAUUUUACACCUGUAUGGAGUGUUUUUACAUUUAGCCCAUUUGACCGUUGGCAGCUUAUCAAAUCUGGUUUUACAGGCUGGUCAGGUAUAAAACCCAGUUCCUGGGUGCCUUAGCUUUCAUCUGCCCUAGUAUAUUUCAAGUCUGGUUUGUUACCAAAAUAACCUCAACUGUUAAUUAAGUAUCAGUAUAACAAACAGGGUCAUAUUAACUUAAAUUUGUUUAAUAUGUUAAACCCUCCACAAGAAAUUUCACACAAUUUACUUAUUAAGCAUCAUGAAAAUGAAACGAUGUAUUAGUUUUGAUAGAAAAGUCACAUGAUACCAAUGUCAUCUAGUAUUACACAUACCAUAGAUAAUGAGUCGGCUGGAUCACUACGCUUUGUACAACCCUUUGUCACGCUGUUAAAUACUGUGCUGAUACACAUUUUUUACAGUACAACAUUGUGCUGCAUACAAUGUGCUGCAUACAAAUGUAUUUAUUGUAGUUUUUAGUAUAUUGUUUAAUCAUCGCGUUAAUUUGUUUAAAAAAAAAUUUGAGCUAUACAUUUAUUGCGCCAAAAUAACUAUGUUGACAGUGUGAUCUUAAUUUUAUUGGGAUGUGUCAUAAAAUCUGUUUGUGACUUUACAGAAUUCAUCUAACAUUAGAAUUCCUGGUGUAAAUGUGAUCAGAUCUUUUAAACAUUAAAUUACCUUAUAUGAUGAAAAUUUUAUUCAUAAAAAAUGUUCCUGAUCCGGAAUUUAUGUCAAGAUGUCAGUUAGAAAAGAAAAGAAAAAUGGCAGGCAUAAACAAAAAUGUGAAUAUUUAAUAACGACUUAAGAUGUUAUUUUGUAACUAAGCAUCAUAUCAGUAUUUUUUUAAUAGAUAUAUUAUGAUUAUUUCAAGAAAGGACUUGUAAGAGUAUUAGCAAACAGUUCAUUUUCUAAGAAUAGUUUAGUUUAAACCAAGUGUCAUUAAUGGAAUCACAAUUUACAUGUUUUAAUAUAUAUAUAUAUGCAAACAAGUGUUGUGGUCAGUUUUCGAAUUUUACUUCGUCCUCAACUCAGGUUUAAUUAAAAGAUUGUCUUCGGUCAUGUUUGGUAGGAAUUGUCUGUUGUAAGGUCGUCUAUAAAAUGGCCAGUCUUGAUAUGCUCAGGUGAAUCUUUGCAUUAGUUGGUUUAAACCUCUGAUCAGCUUCCACAGUAACUCAGCAUUGUUAAUAUUUCCAUAUCAGUAUCACGUCAUAUAUGUGUGUAGCUAGACUCCAUGAGUUUAUACUUUUUGAUGUAUUGUUGUAUUGACUGGUUGUAUAACAAACCAAGAAAAUCUAUAUAUAGCGCUUAUUUUUUUAACUGCUAGAAAAUAAUUAAGGAAUCAAACAGAAUCAACAUCAAGUGUUUUCAUAUUAUUGUUUUUAUUAUUGUUGUUUUAAAAUCUUGUUUUGUUUUCAAUUACUAUAAUGGAUAAGAUGAUGAUGAUCAACUCCAGUGUAUGUAUAUAUUGCUGUAAAGUGCAAUUUUGUUUCACCAGGAGUUGGCUUAAACUGAUCUUUACUACAAUUACCAGUGUUUUUGUUAAUGAUUUUUACUUGUUUACAUAUUACUUGUUUAUAUUUUGUUGUACAUUUUCAGCUGUAGAAGGAAUAUAAAAAGAAUAUUAGAUUUUAUUUUUUUCAACUGAAUCUGAAGUAUUUUCAAAUAUAAUUAUAGUUCUAAUUUGUCUGUUAUAAUAUACUGCAAACAAUCUUAUAUUAGCACAGUAACGAGAGCAAGGUUUUUAUGUAUAUUCUGCAAUCAUAGAUUAACUGCACUUUUCAAUUUUGAAGGCAGAUUUGAUCUGCUUGUUUACUUAAGCUGUCUCCAGUCUAUCUAUGGAAACAUGGGAUAACUUGGAACCUAGAGUAUGUUUAAUAGUUUAAACCUUUUAUUACCGAUAUUAGUGAUUCUUUUGAAUUCAAAUUUUCAGAAGCACAGCCUGACAAAUUCAAGUACCACCAGGUGAAAUCUUGUUAUACUGCCACCAGUAAAAUUUGCACAUUUUCAGUUUGGCACUGUAUCAAAGGAAACUCUGGAGAGAAAAAUGGAAUCUUGAACUGUGUACAGAUUUGGCAGUUUACCAUUAUGAACUCAGCUGGACAGGUUCUUUGGCCAGGAAGUAAAAUGGCUAUAAAUCUCUGUUUGCACUACAUAUCACAAUUACACACAGUGGUAUUCAUCUUACUGUAUGUUCUGCAGUUGGUGUUGAUACAUUAUUGAAUACAGUCAUGUUCAGAAAAAAUGAUUAACACAGCUAGAGUUUCUAGUCCUGACAGUAGGUAUUGAAACUGUAGCAUCACUGAAUUUAAAGUUUGUCAACAGUUUAGCUUCUACUGUUUAUCUGUAGGUUGAACCCUUCGAAUUAAUUUCUCAAAACCUUUUCCAAUCACUCGAUAAAAAGGCAUCCUUUUGCUUCUGACAAUGAAAGAUUUCUGUUUUAUAUAUUGUUUUAUUGAUUUUAAUUAACAAAUUAUAAGCAACGAUUAAACGUGCAGAUUAAGUUUUAUAACAGAUUAGUGCUAUCACACCUAUUGUUUUUGUUUGUUUUAGGGAAGGAGAAAUACUUACUUGGUAUUCAAGAGGGUUUGGGAUAGGAUAGAAUUAUGUUAUUUCAUUAUUAAUGUUUUUGUAAAGUUUUUACUGUGAUGGUCAGCCAUAUUGGGGGCAUGACCUGUGGGUUCUGAUUUAAGAUAAUGAAGGCCAGUGACUUUUAAAAUUGUUAGGAUGAGCUCAAUGUUCAUUGUUAUACAUUUUAUAUAAGAUAUCUCUGUGUUAACAGGUGUAUAAUCCAUUUCAUAUUGAUAACUAGUUUUGAAAUUACAGUUGUAAUUUAGGUAUCUAGAUUAUCUACAUUGUAUAGACGACACAGAUCUAGAAGUAACACUGAUAUCUACCCAUUAGAGUACAUUGGUACAUGUAGUACUAUCAUAUAGAUAAUGAGAAAAAAAACUUGCCUGUGUCCAUCAUAAAUAAUUCCAAUAUAAUAAAGGAUUUCUAGCUUUUAAUCUGUCUAAAAUACAUGUACAUACUUAACCCAUUGUGCAGCAACAUUCAUCCUUUAGCUGUCACUCAACUUCUCAUUUAAAAAAGAUAUACAGAAUGGCCGAGUAGAUUUUUUUGACACAAGGCAUCAUUUGCUAUGGGACUCUGUGUUAAGAACCACAAAUUGUUGAUAAAUACACAAAAUGACAUCUCAUAUUAUAAUAAUCAGCAAAAAGGCCUCAAUCAGAAAUACUGGUAUGCUUCUGACCUCAACUACCGGGUAUAUUACACUUCAGAAACACAAACUUCAAAGUGAGCUUUUUAAGACCGUUGUUUAAUACUUUUCAGCAUAAAGGACUUGUUAAAUGGGGUUUUGGUUUAAUUAGAAACAGUUUUUGAAUGAACAUAUCUAAUAUGGUAAAUUGUAUAACUGAAACUGCUUUAAAUAAAAUUAUGUUCCUUUUGAUGACUUUUAAUCAAGGCUCUAAUUUUAGUUACACUCCAUGAAGCUUGGAUUCAUUAUGCUUGUAUUCUAUUCUCUGGUUAAACAUUCAUAAUCAUUUUGUCACAAAUUCCUACACAAUUUUAAUGUUUUUCAGCGUUAAAGAAAUAUACACCAAUCAGGUUUAUGGAAUGGGUUAAGUCUUGUCACCCUUGUUCAAGGUUUGAGUUCUUGUCUCAGCUUUAUUUUCCAUUUAUAUGCUACAUUAACUUUUCAGUCAUUAUGACAAUAAGUACUAGUAUUUCUCAGGACACUGUUUCACCCCGAACUUUACAUUUGUGCUGUGUAUAUAUAUAUAUAUAUAUAUAUACAAAGAUCACCUGUGUGUGGUUUAUAAUCCUCUACCUGAACAUGGUGAAACGGCUUGUGUACUGUUUGAUAUAUAUUUUCUGUCAUAUUU